UACAGUCUUUGACCCUUACCUUGUGAGCCCCUGGCAGCAGCUCACCUGGGGGUUUCUUCCUGAGCACCAAGCUGUUUGAGGGUGUUUGUAUUAGGAAGGUUGGGUUUGACUGACCAGCACUGAAAAGACAACAAGAAGCUGUUAGCGUGUGAUCAGUUUAAAUUAGCUAAACAUGCUCUGUGCAAUAUGAACUUUCAAAUGCUCGUUUAACGUCGCUGAGAAAUUGUGAAACAAACCAGCUCUAUGUAUCCUAACUUACCUGUACUGUUUGACAGUGAGUGUGUCAUGGUUAGACAUCCGUGACUUAACAGACAGAUAACUUUUAAGUCUGCCAACAUUGAAUUCAUGUUGCUGUCGUACAGGAGUUGUUUGCUCGUCCAUGUCUGUUAACGUUAAAGAGUAGGUUAAUAAUUUCCCAGGUGCAUUGAUGAGCUAACUUUCACAGCGUUGAUAGUAGUCGGACCGUUUACAGAUACACACACCGACUAAACGUACUCAUCAAUGUCUAGUAGUAUAUUUAUGGCAAUAGCUUACAGAAAUUUAGUCGUUUUAAAAUGUAACGGUCAGAUAUAAUUCAACGGUCAGCUGAAAUCCUCAAAAGACUGUUGGAAUAGUCCACUAAUAAUAUAGGAACAUUUCGAGUAGAGGAGUUGAAGCUGCGGGUGAGGGAGCUGGAAAAUGAAUUGAUAAAGUGUAAGCAGAGGCAGUGUGCUAUGGAGGAUGCUCCACCAAGCCAGGAACUUCACAGACCGAAGAUUGAAAAAAUGAGCGCCGAAGUUGUGGAUUCCAACCCGUACAGUCGUCUAAUGGCUUUAAAGAGAAUGGGCAUCGUGGAUGAUUAUGAGAAAAUCCGGACAUUCACUGUCGCUGUGGUUGGUGUUGGAGGAGUUGGCAGUGUGACUGCUGAAAUGCUCACUAGAUGUGGCAUUGGUAAGUUGCUCCUCUUUGACUACGAUAAAGUAGAGCUGGCCAAUAUGAACAGACUGUUCUUCCAGCCUCACCAGGCAGGUCUCAGUAAAGUGGAAGCGGCAGAGCACACACUCAGGAACAUUAACCCAGAUGUGUCAUUUGAGACCCACAACUACAAUAUUACCACCAUGGAAAAUUUUACACAUUUUAUGGAGCGCAUCAGUCAUGGAGGGCUGGAAGAAGGGAAGCCCGUGGAUUUGAUCCUGAGCUGCGUGGACAACUUUGAGGCCAGAAUGGCCAUCAAUACAGCCUGUAAUGAACUAGGUCAGAUCUGGAUGGAGUCUGGUGUCAGUGAGAACGCUGUAUCGGGACACAUCCAGCUCAUCAUUCCCGGAGAGACGGCUUGCUUCGCUUGUGCUCCCCCCCUGGUGGUGGCAGCUAACAUCGAUGAGAAGACCCUAAAAAGGGAGGGUGUGUGUGCUGCCAGCUUACCAACAACAAUGGGCGUCGUGGCAGGCAUCCUGGUGCAAAAUGUCCUCAAGUAUCUGUUAAAGUUUGGCACUGUCAGUUAUUAUCUCGGCUACAAUGCCAUGCAGGACUUUUUCCCCACCAUGGCCAUGAAAGCCAACCCCCAGUGUAAUGACCGCUACUGCAGGAGACAACAGGAGGAGUACAAGAAAAAAGAAGCCGAGCGGCCAAAGGUUGAAGUUGUGCAGGAAGAGGAGGAGGUUGUGCACGAGGACAAUGAGUGGGGUAUUGAACUAGUAUCAGAGAUGACUGACCCAGAGUUACAGGCUGCAUCAGGCACAGUGCCUGACCUGCCAGAAGGCAUCACUGUGGCUUACACCAUUCCAGCUGAGAGUACAGCAAGUGGAGAGACAGUGGAGGACACUGAGCAGAGCCUAGAAGACUUGAUGGCUCAGAUGAGAAAGUUGUAGGCACCAAUCUGAAGAUUAUGAUGCCUUUUCUAUUACGUUGCUUUCUUUGAUAACAAGGACCCUUACGGAAAAGCCAAUUAAUGUAAAAUAAAAGAUUAUAGAAUCAAUUAUUGUAACUGAUAAAGAAGAGAAAUGCAUAAAAAGGUCUGCUAAUGGCAUUUCACCCAGCACCCAGAAAAUGCAAAAGCAGUCAGUCAAAUGUGUAAUUUGCUGAGAAACUGGGAUUGCGUUUGGCACUUAAAAUUGGUAGUCUCUAAUGAAAUGUCUCCAAGCCUAGAAUAAUGCCAAUGUUUAACAUUAACAUGUAUCCCAAUGUAUUUUCUACGCUAAUGAACGUUUAAUGCAUGUACUCUGUCAUUUACUCAGCUUUAAAAAAACAUCUGCAACAACAGUACUGAUGAACAAUGUUUAAGUUGUCUGAAUAAAGUAUUUAUUAGAUGGAAUACAA